AUUUUUAUUUCUAACCCCCUCUCCAUUCUCCCUGCUGCCUCCGCUCCUUCCCCCGAUGGCUACGAACUGAGCAGCAGAAGAGGGGGGAGGGGGGGCACAGGAAUAAAGCAAGGGGGGGAAAAAAAAAGAAAAACAAGAGAAAGGAAAAAGGGGGGAAAAGGAUUUUUAUUUUAUUUUUUUUUGCCUCUGCCCUUAAUGCCUGCGAUCUGUAUCAAGGAAGGGGAUUUUCUGUCUGAGCAUGAAAAGGACUGCUAGAGCCCCAGGAUUUUCACGCCUGCAUUAUCAGCCCAGCACCCAGUAUGCAAGCUGGACGCAGAAGCUCUCCCACAAGUUCCUACCGAGCCGAAUAAAACCCGCGGGCGAGCAGAUCUCCGCCAGAGAGGGACAUUAGCAUCAGGACUCCACAGAAUGGAGCAAGAAUGAGAGGAAAAAGGCAGACAGAAAAGCAUGAACUGGAGGCUUGUUGAGUUCCUCUACCUCCUGUUUAUAUGGGACCAUAUACUAGUACAGCCCUCCCACCAGGACCCAGCUGCUACCAACCAACAUGUCUCCAAGGAAUUUGAUUGGCUUAUUUCAGACAGGGGGCCUUUCCAUCACUCACGGAGCUACUUAUCCUUUGUGGAAAGACAUCGUCAAGGAUUUACAACCAGAUAUAAAAUAUACAGGGAGUUUGCCCGUUGGAAGGUGAGGAACACAGCCAUCGAGCGGAGGGACCUGCUCCACAAUCCACUGCCCCUGAUGCCUGAGUUUCAGCGGAGCAUCCGCCUCCUGGGCAGAAGACCCACCACACAGCAGUUCAUUGAUACCAUCAUCAAAAAGUACGGCACCCACAUCCUCAUCUCUGCCACCCUGGGAGGAGAGGAGGCCUUGACCAUGUACAUGGACAAAAGCCGCCUCGACAGAAAGUCAGGAAACGCUACCCAGAGCGUUGAAGCUUUGCACCAGCUUGCUUCCUCCUACUUUGUAGACCGUGAUGGCACCAUGAGGAGACUCCAUGAGAUCCAGAUCUCGACUGGAGCAAUCAAGGUAACAGAAACUCGGACUGGCCCCCUGGGCUGUAACAGCUAUGACAAUCUGGACUCUGUGAGUUCUGUCCUUCUGCAAAGCACUGAGAGCAAACUCCACCUGCAAGGUCUCCAGAUCAUCUUUCCUCAGUAUUUACAGGAGAAGUUUGUCCAGUCUGCCUUGAGUUACAUCAUGUGCAAUGGGGAGGGGGAGUACAUCUGCCGGAACAGCCAGUGCGGCUGCCAGUGUGCCGAGGAGUUCCCGCAGUGCAACUGCCCCAUCACCGACAUCCAGAUCAUGGAGUACACGCUAGCAAACAUGGCCAAGACCUGGACAGAAGCCUAUAAAGAUCUGGAGAAUUCAGAUGAGUUUAAAUCCUUCAUGAAAAGGCUACCUAGCAACCACUUCCUGACCAUUGGGAGCAUCCACCAGCACUGGGGGAACGACUGGGACCUGCAGAACCGUUACAAGCUGCUGCAGAGCUCCCUGGAAGCCCAGCACCAGAAGAUCCAGCGCACUGCCCGCAAACUCUUUGGCCUCAGUGUCCGGUGUCGGCACAACCCUAACCACCAGCUGCCUAGAGAAAGGACAAUACAGGAAUGGCUUACCCGGGUUCAGUCCCUGCUCUACUGCAAUGAGAACGGGUUCUGGGGGACCUUUCUGGAAAGCCAGCGGAGCUGCGUUUGCCACGGUGGCACCAGCCUGUGCCAGCGUCCCAUCCCCUGCAUCAUCGGAGGCAACAACAGCUGUGCCAUGUGCAGCCUUGCCAACAUCUCUCUCUGUGGCUCAUGCAACAAGGGCUAUAAGCUUUACCGGGGUCGCUGCGAGCCUCAGAAUGUAGACUCGGAGCGGAGCGAGCAGUUCAUCAGCUUCGAAACGGACUUGGACUUCCAAGACCUAGAGCUGAAGUACCUGCUGCAGAAGAUGGACUCUCGCCUGUACGUUCACACCACUUUCAUCAGCAACGAGAUCCGCCUGGACACCUUCUUCGACCCCAGGUGGCGCAAACGCAUGUCCCUCACCUUGAAGAGCAACAAGAACCGGAUGGACUUCAUCCACAUGGUGAUCGGGAUCUCCAUGCGGAUCUGCCAGAUGCGCAACAGCAGCCUGGACCCUAUGUUCUUUGUCUACGUCAACCCCUUCAGCGGGAGUCACUCCGAGGGCUGGAACAUGCCCUUCGGGGAGUACGGCUACCCCCGCUGGGAGAAAAUCCGCCUCCAGAACAGCCAGUGCUACAACUGGACCCUGCUGCUGGGCAACCGGUGGAAAACCUUUUUUGAGACCGUCCACAUCUACCUACGCAGCCGGACUCGGCUGCCCUCCCUACUGCGUAACGAGACUGGCCAAGGGCCCGUGGACCUUUCUGACCCCAGCAAGCGUCAGUUCUACAUCAAGAUCUCGGACGUGCAGGUGUACGGCUACAGCCUGCGGUUCAACGCCGACCUCCUGCGCAGCGCCGUGCAGCAGGUCAACCAGUCGUACACGCAAGGCGGGCAGUUCUACUCCUCCUCCUCCGUCAUGCUCUUGCUGCUGGAUAUUCGGGACCGAAUCAAUAGACUGGCGCCUCCCGUAGCCCCGGGGAAGCCCCAGCUGGAUCUGUUCUCUUGUAUGCUCAAGCACCGCCUGAAACUCACCAACAGCGAGAUCAUCCGCGUGAACCACGCCCUAGACCUGUACAACACCGAGAUCCUCAAACAGUCAGACCAGAUGACAGCCAAACUCUGUUAGCCUGGACUUCACAAGCGGACAAUGUUGGUGAUUGAUCUUUUUGCUGUAAAAAAACACAAUUACAAAAAAAAAAAAAAAUUAAAAUAAAUGAGAAACAAAACAAAACCAAAAAAAAAAAAAAGGGAAAAAAAAGGGAAAAAAAAAAGAUAAAAAAAAAAAAGAAGUAAAAAGAAAGAAAGAAAA